AUGAAGGGCCAGGCAGCCAGCAAGAGCUCAGUUAAGACCCCCAAAGAUGUCAGGCCAGAAGGUAUUGUUCCUGGCCCUAGUUUGCCUGCUGGUGACACUGGCUUUCAGUUUGCCCAGUCAGUCCCUAAAUGUUACGGGUGUGACAUCGAGGAAACGGGAAAUUGUGAAAAGCUUUGUGGCCGAGAUAAAUGCCUUGAUAGCCAAAUUAAUCAAGCAGUUGCAGGAGCUCACGGCCAUCAAAUGAUUUUAUAUAUACAACUAAAAGUUAAUUGAAAUAAAAAGUAAUUUACAAAGUU